AUGCAAUAGUAAUAAAAAUUACGUUAAUUUGAUUUUUAAAAUAAAUGGCUUAAAGGUAAAUAUUUUAAAAAAAUAAAAAACAAAAAAAGAAUAUACUAAAAAUAAAAUCAAUAAUUAAUAUUUUUUUAAAUUUAUAAAUAUAUAGGAGAAGAUUAUGCUUAUAUCCUUUAAAAUAAAGAUAAAUAUUGCUAAUAAUUUUAGUUAUAAACUUUUCCAUAAAAAACACACCCAGAAAAUAUUUAUACAUCUCCAGAGAACGGACAAAUAUAUUAUGUGGAAGGAACUUGUAUAGGCUCAUCUUUUGGGUUUCCUCGAGUUAGUUUUAAAAAAAAAUACAGAUGGAAAAAAAUGAAUUUUACUACUGAUUUACCAAAAGGAAAACCUUUGGUAACUUACAUAGUAGCUUCAGCAGAAUAAUGUUAAAGAAAUAAUUUAUAAAAGGAUAAUUUUGUAUAUAGAAUGCAUGCUGUAAUAUUAAAUAAUCAAUGUUUAAAUAAUCCUGAAACAAUUUAAAAUAAUACUUUUAUACUUUGUCAUGUUAGAAAAUUACCUAAAAAAAAUAAAUAAAAUUAAAUCCUUUCAAAAUGUGAUUAAAAAAAAAAAAAAAGAAACCAAAUUACAAAUGACUUGUUCAAAAACCAGAAUUUAAUCGAAACUGAAGAAUUAUAACAAUAAAAAAUAGAGGAAUAUUAAAAAAAAUUCUAAUCUACUUAAAAAAAUCAUUGUUUUUUACUUAAAUAGAUUAUUUAAAAUAAUUGCAGAAAAUCAUAACAAUUAACUUUUAAAAAUUAGUUUAGUUAAGCAUUAAUUGAAAACGAACUUUAAAAUAAUGCAGAUAUAAACUAUAUGAAUCUAUUCAUAAAAAUUCUUUAAAAUUGA